AUGGUAAACUACGCAACUGAAAUUGUUCCUGUGGCGUUCGAUGUUUUCAGCAUCGUCGGCAUGGUUCUGCAGAUCCCAGUUAUACUCACCUACCUAUGUGGCCCGCAUCCCAAUAUCCCCGUGAGUGCGAUAGCCGGAUGGUUUUUCUAUUUUAAUUUAAGAAAUGUGAUCGCUAUGAUUGCUUGGUCGGGCAGCAAUUACGAAGAGUGGUGGCAGGGGAAAGUCUGGUGCGACUUUGACGUCCGAAUGAAUGCUGGCAGCCAGCUGGGUAUUUUUUCAGCCCUUAUUUUGUCUUUGACCCACCUAAUUCGUAUAUUCUCUUUGAAGACACAGGUGAUUAGCAACAGAAUCACUUGGCAGAGGAUAGUUUUGGAAGUUGCCGUUUGCUACAGUGGCCCCUUGAUCCUGUUUGCAAUUUAUACCCCUAUUAGCACUUCCCGCUACCUUGUUAACCAGUACAUUGGCUGCAGUGCCGCUACUGACUCUUCAGUUCUCAACGUGAUCUUCUUUGUUCUCUGGCCAGCUUUGUUUGGUACAAUUGUCCCCAUUAUGCUGGGAUACCUCCUUUGGAAGGUGUGCCGCCGGGGUCGAAGUGGAACCUGCGAAGCAAUUUCGUUUGUGCCAACGAUGUCUGCGACACAGUUUGUUCGAUUGACCGUUAUGACUUCUAUUAUCUGCUUUGUUUUGACCCCAUUGAGUUGGUGUGUCGCUGGAGUCAACCUCAAUGUUAUCGCCGAUGUAGGCGUGUCUGCGGUGGCCUGGGCUCAUGGCAAGCCAAAGGACUGGGAUGAGCCAACAUUGCUUCCGUUUGCUCUUUCAAUGACACCUAGGUUUUCAUAUUUGAAUUCCGCUGCGUCGAUUUCAUGGGCCGUUGAAGUAAGCCAGCUCGUGUUGUCUUACUUUGUGUUUGCGUUCUACGGAACGGGAACAGUAGCCCAGCAGUUCUAUUGCAAGGUACUUGAAGCUUUGCACCUCACAGGCUUUGCCAUCAAGAUCCGUUUGCUUCCCCCGCCAUACGAGCGCAAAGACGACUAUGCCGAAAGCGACUGCUGGAGUUCCAGUUCACCUAGCGGUAGCACUUUCGCUGCUUCGAUGUAUGAUAAAGAUACCAAACGACCCAAAGGAAUGUACACCAGGAGCAAACCCCUUGAGUAUAGUCCUUAA